GGCCCGACAGCGGGCAUCAGGUCACCAGGCACGACAGCGGGCACUAGGUCAUCAGGCAUGGGAUUGUCUGGCUCGACAGCGGGCAUCGGGUCACCAGGUAUGACAGCGGGCACCGCGUCACCAGGCAUCAGGUCAUUUGGCUCGCCAGCAGGCACCGCGUCAUCUGGCAAGGCGGUGGGCCCCGAGUCACCAGGCACGACAGUGGGCUCCGAGUCAACUGGCAUGACCGCGGGCACUGGGUCAGACAUUGGAUCGUCUGGCCCGACAGCGGGCAUCGGGUCACCAGGCAUGACAGCGGGCACUGGGUCAUCAGGCAUUGGAUCGUCUGGCUUGACAGCGGGCAUCGGGUCACCAGGCAUGACAGCGGGCACCGGGUCAUCAGGUACCGGAUCGUCUGGAUCGACAGCGGGCACCGGGUCAUCUGGCCGGGCAUCGGGUCACCAGGCAUGACAGCGGGCACUGGGUCAUCAGGUACCGGAUCGUCUGGAUCGACAGCGGGCAUUGAGUCAACUGGCCUAAUAGGAUCAUCAGGCUGGAUCAGUUCAUCAGACUGGGUAGAAACAUCAUGCUGGGUAGAGACAUCAGGCUGAAAGGAGGCAUCAGGCUGAAUGGAGGCAUCAGGCUGAGUGGAGGCAUCAGGCUGGGUAGAGGCAUCCGGCUGGGUAGAGGCAUCAGGCUGAAGUGCGGGUGCUGAGGCACCAGGC